AUGUUUAGCAAACAAGGCAACGAGAACGGUAAUGAAUCCCUAGGAAAUAAUAAUAACCAGAUUGGUCAGAACCAGGUUAACUUGAUUUUGAGGGAGCUCAUAAAUGCAAUGUGUAACACAGGAGCUGAUACGAAAAAUGCCUCCCUAGAAGUCAGCAUUUCAGUAUUAACCCAGCAAGUGCAAGAACUAGUAGCCCACUAUGCCAAACUCGUCAUAACAACAACGAUCCAACCCGGACACAGGAUGAGAACUAAGCUGGACCUACAGGAUAUUAUGUGCUACAAAUCCGAAAUGGAAGCCCAAUAUGUGGAAAUAAUGGAGGAUGAGAAUGAAAUCAAUGAUGAUCCAGGAAUUACCUCCCCAAGAAGAGACCAGCAGAGGGAACCCGAUCCAGCGCAUGAAAGAGAAACUAAAUAUCCGAAUGAUGAUGAACCCGCAGAUCUUAAAGAAGAGUUGGACGAAAUACUAGAUGAAGACGUAAAAGAUAUGGAAGAGUACUAUACAAAAGAUACAGGUAGGGAAGAAGUAACAUUUCCUGAAGAACUAUCGAGCCCCGCUGCCUACCUAUCUCAGAUUGAAAAACUACCUACAAUAAUCACUGAAUACAAAGAAAUCGUGACGAUGGAAGGAAUUGAACAGAUCGAAGUAAGUGAGAAGUUAGGUUCCGAAAAACAAGAUUAA